GCCGACCAUGGAUGAGACUGUGUUUUUGAAUAUGUGGGUGGCUCCAAUUAUGCGGAGGGAUUCAAGCGAGUUGUGUUCUUUGGCUUUUAGGGCUUGUUGAUUCAUGGCGAAUGCUACUGCUUCCGCUUUCCUACACAACCUGGAUUGUCUAGGAUUUCGCCCAAGCCUUCACGCCAAAGGUGCAUUUGCCAAUAUUUCCUUCACUGCCGAUAUUUUCACGCGCCUCGCCGACAACAAUAAAGCCUUUGAAGCAACCAGCCAUUUUUUGUUCGAAAAGCUGAAUCCAGCACGAGCCCGUACGCAUUUUCGCCAUUGUUGGCCUAUUAUUCAUUACACUUCCCAAUCGCGCUUGUAUCGCUUGGCCGCAUUUCAUUGGCUACAGGAACUCAAACGUCAAAACCACUUACCCGCUCACAUCCUCUUGCGCCGCAGUUACCUCGAAGACUGUCACGGUCAACACAUGAACGAUCUCAUGCUCGCAUUCUCCAAUUAUGUUUUGAAAGCCGUUCAAGAACGCAAAAAAGCUCACACAACUUUCGUGCCAUCCAUCGAUGCCUCAGGGACGGGUGAUAAAGAUACUGGAAUAAAACAGACAACGAUUCCUUCAAGUGCAAAAGACAGGAAUUAAAUCAACCUUGUUCA